AUGUCAUCGGGUCGUGAUAAAGGACUCCGUGCUGAUCUGGGCAUCUCUCAUAUUGUAAAUUGUGCCGAUGGGCCACAUCGCAUCAACACAGGUGCUGACUUCUACGCAGACAUGAGUAUAUCUUACUGUGGAGUAGAGACUUCAGAUCACCCACUGUUUGAUUUGAGCCAGUAUUUCAGCUCCACUGCGUCUUUCAUUAAAGCUGCGCUCUCUCAAAAUGGUAAAGUGCUGGUUCACUGUGCAAUGGGAGUAAGUCACUCUGGAGCUUUGGUUUUGGCCUUCCUCAUGAUGUGUGAGAACCUCAACCUAACAGACACCAUCAUCGCUGUCCGGUUGAACAGGGACAUCAGCCCCAACUCUGGUUUUCUAGAGCAGCAGAGAACCCUGUAUGAAUUAUUGUUUUAA